GCUUAAUCAGUCUCGCAAGACACGGGGUAUGAGAUGAGGGAUUGGAUGGGCAACUGGCAAAGAAAAAGCAAAGAGAGAGAAAAGUAAGGUUGGUGCUAAUGGUGGCAAAUUACGAACCUUAAAAAACCGGUCAAACCCCAAAAGCAACGGUCAUGUCAGGUGUAAGUAAUCCUCUCUCUCCGUAUUUGGGCGCCAAACGUGGAUUUCAUUCAAUAUCAAACUUAACAGUUACUAAACUUCAGGAGAGAAAGAGUGAUCAAAUCUAAGUUUCAAAGACAUUAACCAAACCAAACAAAGACACAGAGAGGGAGAACAAAACAAACAGAGAACAAAGAGAUCAAAAGAAACAAAAAACAUGGCACAAACAAAACCUGAGGAAAAGCCUAAAGAAGAACCCCAAGAAAACUUUCAAAUGAAAGAUGCCAUGGCAGCAGCAAAAACAACGACCAAUUGUAGUAGUGGUAGUAGCAGUGGCAGCAGCAACGGUGUAACGUUCAAAUUCAAUGCACAUGCACCAGAAUUCGUGCCAAGAUCGCAUACCCAAAUGCCCAUUUCGGGUUAUUAUUACCCAUGUUUCCACUAUCUUGGUGGUGCUGCUGGGUCUGAUUGGUUCUUUGUUGGUGAUCAAGAACCUGCUGCUUAUUUGAUCUCUAAUCCUAAUCUCUCAAUCUCCAAUUGUUCUUCCAAGAAUUUGCUCACAGAUGAUCUCCGCCAAAAGAUCAUCAAACAGGUGGAAUACCAGUUCAGUGACAUGAGUCUUCUAUCGAAUGAAUCCUUGUCAAAGCAAAUAAAUAAAGAUCCUGAAGGUUAUGUGCCCAUAUCUUUUAUUACUUCUACAAAGAAAAUCAAGUCCCUCAUCACUAACAACCAGUUGCUGGCCCAAGCACUUCGGUCCUCCUCAAAGCUUGUUGUGAGUGAUGAUGGUAAGAAGGUUAGACGUAAACACCCUUUCACUGAAAAAGAAAGAGAGGAAGUGCAGUCUCGUACUGUUGUUGUAGAGAAUUUGCCUGAAGAUCAUUCUCAUCAAAACCUUGACAAAAUUUUCAAUGUCGUAGGGAGUGUGAAGAACAUCCGAAUAUGUCAUCCCCAGGAAUCCAAUCCUUCCCGCUCUAAAAGCGAUUUUUUUAUGUGUAACAAGCUACAUGCACUUGUGGAGUAUGAUUCAACAGAGAGUGCUGAGAAAGCGGUUGAGAAGUUAAAUGAUGAAAGGAAUUGGAGAAAGGGCCUCCGAGUAAGGUUGCUGCUUAGACUCACGCCAAAAUCUGUUCUGAAAACCAGAAAAUCAGAAUUUGAUGGCAUAUUAGACGAGGAUGAUUCACCACUCACUGAAAACUCUGAAGAUUCCUCUCGACCAAACAAUAUUGAAUCAAUUGAGAAUAAUGCUGAGGAUAAUGCAGUGGGAUCGAAAAAGGGGGGGGCCAAAGGCCGUGGAAAAGGCCGUGGGCGUGUUCAAAACCACAGUGGACGUAGCCUGCUUGCUGCAUCUCCUCAACCAAGCAACGCAGUCCAGUGUGAGGCAUCUGCGAAACAGACGUCAAAGGGCCCAAGAAUGCCAGAUGGAACCAGGGGCUUCACCAUAGGGCGAGGCAAGCCAUUAAGUUCAUCUGUGGAGUAAUGGAUGCUACAUUCUUUCCUCUUUUCCUUUUUGUCUCCAAUCUUAUAUUAACCAACUAUUAUUUUGAAUGGCUCUGCAUAUCCUGAAAGCAGGAAAUGAUUUAGUAGCCAUGCAUAGUCUGGCCUAUAAUAUGUUAUCAAUAAUAAUUCAAGGUGUAUAGUUUAGUACUGUUUCUUUUAGCUAUUUGAUAGCAAUUUCCUCCUGGCACACCAUUUUUCUGGGUUAUGUUAAGUAUGGGUUGGGAUUCAUUUUUCUGUUUUGAAUUUGUAAUCUAUCUGAAUAAUGCAA